UCCUUGGAGACUGACACUUUCCCCCCUAAAGGCAUAGACAACAAAAGGAAUUGUUUUUAGAGCAAAACAAGAGUUCUUAAACUACAAAGAUGUUUGCCAGAAUGUCUGAUCUCCAUGUUCUGCUGUUAAUGUUUCUGGCGGGAAAGACAGCCUUCGGGUUCUCCCUCCUGUCUUUACUCACCGACCUGGACCCAGAUUGGACUCUCGACCACUAUGAGUACAGCCAAGAGUAUUAUGACCAGGAAGAGAACGCCAGCAGUGCUCUUGCCCAUCCCGAGAACCCUGGCUGGUACUACGCAGAGGACGAUCCGUGCCUGUCCAACCCCUGUGCACAUGGUGGGGACUGCCGCAUCAGCGGGGCCACAUUCACCUGCAGCUGUCCAGCCCCUUUCUCUGGAAACAGGUGUCAGAAUGUGCAAAACAAAUGCAAGAACAACCCAUGUGGCCGAGGAGACUGUCUCAUUACUCGGAGUUCUCCUUACUACCGCUGUGCCUGUAAACACCCUUACAGGGGUGCAGACUGCUCCACAGUGGUUCCUGCAUGCAGGCCAAAUCCCUGCCAAAAUGGCGGCACCUGCUCCCGGCAUAGGCGGAGAUCCAAGUUCACCUGUACCUGUCCUGACCAGUUCAAGGGGAGAUUCUGUGAAAUAGGUUCUGAUGACUGCUAUGUUGGUGAUGGCUACUCUUACCGCGGGAAAGUGAGUAAGACAGUCAACCAGCACUCAUGCCUUUACUGGAACUCCCACCUCCUCUUGAAGGAGAAUUACAACACGUUUAUGGAGGAUGCUGAGGCCCAUGGGAUUGGGGAGCACAACUUCUGCAGAAACCCAGAUGGAGACAAAAAGCCCUGGUGUUUCUUUAAAGUAAACAAUGCAAAGGUGAAAUGGGAGUACUGUGAUGUCCCCGCCUGCUCAGAACUAGAUGUUGCCAACCCAGAGGGAAGCCUCACGGAGCCCCUGACCAAACUUCCCGAGUUUGACUCAUGCGGGAGGACUGAGAUAGCAGAGAGGAAGGUCAAGAGGAUCUACGGCGGCUUUAAGAGCACAGCGGGCAAGCACCCAUGGCAGGCGUCCCUGCAGACCUCGUUGCGACUGACCAUCUCCAUGCCCCAGGGCCAUUUCUGUGGGGGGACACUGAUCCACCCCUGCUGGGUGCUGACUGCCGCCCACUGCACCGACUUAAAAGCCAAAUAUCUAAAAGUGGUGCUAGGGGACCAGGACCUGAAGAAGACAGAAUUCCACGAGCAGAGCUUUGGGGUGGAGAAGAUAUUCAAGUACAGCCACUAUGACGAAAGAGACGACAUUCCCUACAACGACAUUGCUUUGCUCAAGCUAAAACCAGUGGAUGGUCAGUGUGCUCUGGAAUCCAAAUAUGUGAAAACUGUAUGUUUGCCUGAUGGUCCCUUUCCCCCUGGGACUGAGUGUCACAUCUCCGGCUGGGGUGUUACAGAAACAGGAGAAGGGUCCCACCAGCUCCUGGAUGCCAAAGUCAAGCUGAUCAGCAACACCGUGUGCAACUCCCGCCAACUCUAUGACCACAUGAUCGACGACAGUAUGAUUUGUGCAGGAAACCUCCAGAAGCCUGGGCAAGACUCCUGCCAGGGUGACUCUGGAGGCCCUCUGACCUGUGAGAAGGACGGUACCUACUACGUCUAUGGGAUCGUGAGCUGGGGCCUGGAGUGUGGGAAGAAGCCAGGAGUCUACACCCAAGUGACCAAAUUCCUGACUUGGAUCAACGCCACCAUGGAAAGGGAGGCUAGCUUUUGAGGUGUCUUCCAAAGCUCACAGCCCAUCCUCCUCAGCACCCGGCCAAGGCGAGGCCUCACGGGCGGCCGUGGACAGCCCCGGAAGCCUCCGAGUGUCCAGGCUCUAAGCAGAGACCACUGCUGCCCAGCCUGGGGUGCCCUGGACCAGCAUGGCCACCACUGCCUCAGGCUCCCUCCUGGGAAACCCAGAAAAGAGAGAAUCAACCUGAAGUAUAUGACGUUUGCUUCCCUUCCAACAAUUGUAGCUUCUAGAAAAUCAGUGUUCAUCGACUGCCUUCACCUCGGACAUUUGCAAAUGUGAGAUUUCAGACGGCUUAGCGUCGGUGGGGGUCACCUUCACAUCUUUAUCCCUCAUCCCAGACACUCAAGGCACGCAACAGGGCCACCCCACUUCUAGGCAUCCGACAGGGGACCAAGAUACAACAUUCUCCGCCCACUUUCAGAGAGUUGUUGUUUUAAUAAAGGAGGAUCGGAGCAUGGGCUGGGGUGCUGUUUUCACAGUUGGCCGCAACUGAAGCCAUGUCUCUGGCGUGCAAAUUUCCUCUCCAGCUCCUCUCCCAAGAAUCCCAGGUGGACGCCGCCCACUCACAACGGCAGGGCCUUCCUCCUUUUGACGUGAAGAAUCUCGGUGGCAUCUGGGUUCACAUGCCCCCUCUGAUCAUCUCCGGUCUCUACAGCCUCCUGCCCCCCCUGCAGAAAUCAAACACAGCUCCCUGAGUUAAGAUGAACCUCCUGCCCUGCUCCCAUAGGACAAGCUGUCUAAAACGCUCGCCCUCCCCUUCCUUUUUCCCUCCUCCAUCCUCCCCAAGAAGAAGGAUCCUCAAGGCAAGAAAGAGAAAGAAGUAAAGCCAAUCUCUCAUUUAGACGUGGCAUCUUUCUUCCGAACAAAGUAGGGUUCAAAACCCAGACUGUUGUAGCCAGCAAGUCCCUGACCCCUUCCAUGAAUGUAACGAGCAAGCAGUCAGCACAGCCUGGGCUGCCGCGGCUGCGAUUGAUGUAGCCCCGGCAUGUUUGUCUCCGAAGAACUAAUGGCUGUGACUUCAGAGAAAACCCUGCAGGAAGUUUAACCCGGGUGUCACCCUCCUGGUCACCUCAGACCCAUGAAAUUAGGCGCCUUGCGUGAGCUGCAUUUCACAUGUCUUUAGAGCCAGC